AAAGGAUAAUGGUUUCCAGAGCUCACAAGAGAACAGCCAUGUACAGGAACCUACAACGGCUUCGUUCAAUCACUAAUUCCCAUGCGAGCCGUAAAACCUCAGUGAUAUUGGAUGCAUCAGAGUACAUACGUGGUUUAAAGCAAAAGUUGAAGGAGUUGAACCAAUUAGCAAUUGCUGCAGCCCAAAAAGUCACUGACUAUGGUGGUCCAAUGCCCAUGGUUGAAGUGGAACCGGAGGAGGAGGGAUUUAAGAUCAAGGUUCUGAGUCAAAGGAGUUGCCAAGGGUUGUUGGUGUUCAUAUUGGAAGCCUUUGAAAGGCUUGGUCUUGAGGUGCUCCAGGCUAGGGCUUCUAGUGUGGACAGUUUCUGUUUGGAAGCAUUUGGAAUCAAAGAGAACAGUGAAGAUGCCCAUCAUGUGGAUGUACAAGUAGUUGAGCAAGCAGUAUCUCAAGCUAUUAAAAAGUGGAGGGAAGUUACAAAGCAAGGGCCAGCUCCUCCUUCAAGGGGUGAUUUGGAUCUGCCGGAAACACCUCCGCCACCACCAAGCAAGGUCAUCGGUUCACACCCAUGA